AGGACCUGAACAGGAGCGCACGCUUAACUAAUACAAAUAAUAAUAAUAAUAAUAAAUAAAAAGGACAGACCAGGAACAACAAACUUUGAUUCAACGACUUUGUGAUUAUUGUUUUAAGAACUUAUUUUUUUGGAGGAUUUGAUUUGUGUUGUAUGUUGGAUUACGGACGCGGGGGCUGUUUGUGUCUCCGGUGCGCGCGCGGAGCAGGACGAUGAACGAUCGCGCGUCGCGGGGACAGGAGACACAGUGGCUCCGAGGUGCAGAGGUGCUAUGUUAAGGGUAGCAGGGUGAUGAAUUAAUUCUCAGGCUGAGGGAUGUCCCUGCGGCUGCUCCUGCUCCUGCUCCUCUUAACAUUCUCCUCACACACACAGGUCUGUCUGGCUCUGAAGAUAUUGCGGGAGAAAUGGGCCGUCUACCGGAAUGAGUGUAUUCAGAGUUUCGACAGCAGCCCACCUGCUACAGGUUUGGUGUGUAACAGGACCUUUGAUCAAUACACCUGUUGGCCUGAUGGCUCGCCCGGAUCCAUCAUUAACGUUUCCUGCCCAUGGUACCUGCCUUGGUACCGCAACGUUAAGCAUGGUCGAGUGUAUCGUGUGUGCGGCACGGACGGUCACUGGGCCAGCAGUAAAAACACCACCGAGUGUGACGAGAACGACGAGCGACGGGAAGAGUAUUGGCAGAUUAUAAGUAAAUUCAGGAUUAUGUAUACAGUGGGUUACUCGCUCUCUCUGGCAGCUUUGGUUCUUGCGCUUGGAAUCCUCGCAGCAUUCAGGAAGUUACACUGCAUGAGGAACAACAUCCACAUGAAUCUGUUCGGCUCGUUCAUUCUGCGCGCCGUGUCCAUCUUGGUGAAAGAUGCACUGAUGGAUCUGAUCAUCACCACGCAGACAGGACGAUACCACAAACUCGAGCAGAGUGUCGACAUCAAGAUAACUGCAGCGUGCCGGGUCGCCAUGGUGAUGAUGCAGUACAGCGUGAUCGCCAAUAAUUACUGGCUGCUGGUGGAGGGGCUGUACCUGCACAGCCUCCUGGUCAUAACCGUCUUCUCUGAGAGAAACUACUUCUCCAUCUACCUGUGCAUCGGCUGGGGCACGCCGGUGAUAUUCGUGUUGCCUUGGGUGACACUGAAGUAUCUGAAUGAAAACAAUCUAUGCUGGGGGGAGAAUGUAAACAUGGGCUACUGGUGGAUCAUCCGCUCGCCCAUCCUGUUCAUCUGUCUGAUUAAUUUCUUUAUAUUUAUUAGAAUUAUAAAGAUCCUGAUGUCCAAACUUAAGGCUCAUCAGAUGAGGUACACAGACUAUAAGUUCAGAUUGGCUAAAUCUACACUUACACUAAUUCCACUGUUGGGGAUUCAUGCCAUCCUCUUCACCUUCGUCAUUGACGAGUCUGUGGAAAGGGAAUCUCUGUUGCGGCUCAUUCGUCUCUUCUAUGACCUGUUCUUCAACUCCUUUCAGGGUUUGCUGGUGGCCAUUCUGUACUGCUUCAUCAACAAGGAGGUGCAGAAUGAAAUGUUGAAGCGAUGGAAGCGUUGGAAGCUAGGGAAGGACAUUGAGGAGGAAUAUCGCAACACCCACAGCCAAACAGCUCAUGGCAAGAGUGCGAGCAUUAAUGUGGCUUCACCGCAAGAACGUUCAGACACCCCCGAACCUGCAGCCUCAGCCCCACCCUCAGAGGAGAGCCGUAGACUUGUGAUAAGCUGCCGCAAUGGUGCAGGACUGGUGCAAGGAAACGGCAGGGUGGCGCUCCAUGAGGGUCCCAGUAACUGCAGUUCUUUGACUGAGGACAUCUGCUUAGAUGAGCGAAUUUACAACACGGACCAUUCAGUAGUGACUGAGGAAAGUGAGGUCUGAGAUAACUUCGACCAUUUGAGGCCUUUAAUGGUAAAAAAGGGAAGAAUAAUAAAAAAUGGUGUAGAUAAAAACUACUUAACACAGUACAAGACACAUAUACAGUACACUAUUUAAAAAAAAUGGUGCAGGCAGUACCACAUCCCAACUGGUUGAAAAGACACAGGGGUGAGUUGGCUGGUGUGUGGUGGACAUGUCCUAGAGGAUAUGCAGUGUGGGUGUGUUUUGAUCUUUGCUAGCCACCAUACAUAAUGACGUGAUGUAAAAACUUGGCUGAACCGCAAACAUGUGUAAACUUGUGUUAUGUAAAUGCAACACAAAUUGUGUUGCAACACCACAAAACCUAUUUGCGUAACCUAGUUAACAUGGCCCCAAUUAAGUAAAGGAAUCCGCAAAAUUUAGAUUUUUUUUUCUGUCACCCAAGGUUAAAACUAUAAUCGAUGAAUGCUCACAGUGCGUUAUGGAAAAUCCCAUAACCCGCUUGCUCUGUAGGACGAGUCGCAAACACACAACUCAAAGAGGAUUUCGAGGCUUUCUAGCAAAUGAACAGAUGUUCAAUCUGGCACUCGACCCCCUGUUUUGAUUGCUUAUGAAUCAGGCUUCGUCUUUGCCCCAAGCAAGCAGCAGGCAGAGUUGAAAAUCUCAUACCAGUGUUAGAUUAUAAAAGCGACUUCACAUCCAUUUGUGUGUUUGUGACAUUAUGAGGACCCGAAUGGACAUUCUACUGUAUAUGGAAGAAAAUGGCAUCAACAG